AUGGACUUCCUUCUGGUAGACAGCCUGUUCUUCUCACAACCAUUGCCAGCAGAAAACGCACCUGUACAGCGGUCUCACCGCUUUCUUGGAACGCACAGCAGGGUCGUUGAUUUCCUCUGCAGACUCGACUUCGGACAGUACUUUGUGACAUACAACGAAAAUCAGAUCAGCACAUGGCAGGACCUACAGAAUUCAGUCAACCAGGCCUUGUUUUCGCCAGGUGUGCCGGGCCACCCAAACACUCCCGUCGGCGGAGAAGAGCCACUGGAUCGUGUCUACUACGAGAACAACUGGCCCUAUGCACGCAGCUUCUUGUGCCGGAGGUUUGUUAAAGGCCUGUUCGACAAUCUCCGAAACCCACCAGCUGUAGGUGAUCGAGAGGAUGCGUCACUGGUGCGAUUUCAACAAUUCCUGUUCGAAGCCGAUAAACGAAACGAUUUGGAGUUCUACUUUUCCCGGAUCGGCCCUACUUCAAACCUGUCGAUGCUUACUGGAAGACAACGUCUUCUGGUACACUUUGGCUUUGACUGGAUUUCUCUACACAGAAGCCCUGGAAUUGCCGCGCUGGACACCAAAUUCAAAGAGCUAUACACGCUCAAGGCCGAGAAGAAGUUCAUUGUCCGUCGCAGAACGUGCGUCGCCAGCAUCCUCAGCAUGAGGUCGACAGAUAAGUUCAGGAAUGUCGAAUUGUGCCCGGCGAGCUGGGCCUCUGUGGUCCCCUUGCUGCACCGACGCACACUGAUACUCUUCAAUGAAUUCCAUUCGGAGGCGGAUGGUCUGGGCUUCAAAGACUGGCUCACAGACCCAGGACUUUGGACUGUCAUCGACCAGCAGAACACGAGUCGUGACACAGAGACCACAGCAGUGGUAUUCAUCUACAGGCUGGUGUGCCGCAUAUGGGAGCGCGUCCUUUUGGAGUGGAGGAGAGUGCUUGACCAGAGCUCAGAACAUAUCAAGGUUUCAGAGACUCGCGCUCUGGACGACGAUCUCGACGUUGCUGAUCUCGAAGAACUCGCCCGACAGACAUGGCGUGACUCGCAGGACUGGUCGACCAUGAGCCAGCUCUUGCUUGCACAAAGGAAGACGAUCGCGCACGCUCUGGGGUACCUGGAGGCUGUGUCUCGCAGUGCAAACCUAUUUCCACCCCCAGCCACUCCGACAUCGCCCUCGAACGAGAUCGUGCGCCUGGAGAGGAUCAUCAGCGAAUUCAACGAGAUGGAGCAGAUUGUGUCCCAAGAGUUUCCCAACCGCGGGAGGAACAUCUCUGACUUUGUAUGGAUCUUCCGGCUCACUGCGUCACAGAAGAAGCAACGGAGCAAUAGAACUGGCCAACUGACGAAACGAGAACAGGUGUACAACAUCAUUGGCGCCCGGAAUGCCCAAGCCGCCGAAAACUAUUCCAGGGAAAUGGGCAACAUUACAUGGAUCACGUUUAUUUUCUUCCCGCUCAUCACUGUGUCGGGCCUUUUCGGAAUGAACGUCGACGUCCUGGUCGAUAACCCUUCGAUCAAGUGGUACUUUGUCGUGGCGGUGCCCUUGACGCUGUUGGUUGUGGGAAUGGCUCUGUUUAUCCGGCGGCAUAGGAGGCGGUAUUAUUAUUGA